AUGAGAACAGGCGGUUUGGCCCUUCUGCGGAACCUCCAGAACGCCCUCUCCGGCAGCAGCGUGGCGAAGAUGAAGGCCAAGCGCGGGUACCACCAAGGGGUGGUCAACAAGCCCGUGAGUAUAAUGAAAAAUGUGAGUGACGCAAUAGGGAAAAAGAAAAGUACCACCCAAGGGGGAAAUAGCAGCAGACACAUCAGCACGUCCAAGGCAAAAAGCGGAAACAAAAUGAACAUGAUACUAUAUAAGAAGCACGGGCAGCACUUGCUUAAAAACCCUGGUAUAUUAGAUAAAAUUUUAUUGGCCGCCAAAAUAAAGAGUUCCGAUGUGGUGCUUGAAAUAGGAUGCGGUACAGGAAACCUUACAGUGAAAUUACUACCAAUAGCGAAAAAAGUGAUCACCAUAGAUAUAGACGCCAGAAUGGUAAGUGAAGUGAAAAAAAGGUGUCUGUAUGAAGGGUAUAACAAUUUGGAGGUUUACGAAGGGGAUGCCAUUAAAACAGUUUUCCCCAGAUUUGAUAUAUGCACAGCUAAUAUUCCGUAUAAAAUAUCCAGUCCACUUGUUUUCAAAUUAAUUGCACACAGACCAUUAUUUAAAUGUGCAGUGUUAAUGUUUCAAAAAGAAUUUGCCGAGAGAAUGCUAGCCAAUGUAGGCGAUAGCAACUACAGCAGGUUGACAGUAAAUGUGAAGCUAUUCUGUAAGGUUAUUAAAAUAUGCAAUGUGGAUCGAAGUAGUUUUAAUCCUCCCCCAAAAGUGGAUAGUGUGAUUUUGAAACUUAUCCCAAAGGAAAAUAAUUUUUUUAUUAACUUUGAUGAGUGGGAUAAUUUGCUAAGAAUUUGUUUUAGCAGAAAGCGAAAAACUCUUCAUGCCAUUUUUAAGAGAAAUGCAGUUUUAAAUAUGCUCGAACAUAAUUACAAGAAUUUUUGUACCUUUAACAAAAUCGUGCCAGUUAAUUUUCCCUUUAAAAAAUACUGCCUGGAUACACUGAAGGAGCUGGACAUGACUGAAUGCAGGAGUGUCAGUUUGGAUGAAAACGACUUUUUAAAAUUGCUGCUCAAGUUUAACGAAAAGGGAAUUCACUUUUUUAACAUUUCCAAUGUGGGCAACACACGGGCGGCAAAUAUUCUGCUCAACGAGGAGGACGACGCAGACAGCGCUGAUAGCGACCACAGCGACGGUUACGACAAUGUGCACAACAUCCACGAGCACGUGUAA